AUGUCCACAACCACCAUAACCGCCGCAGAGGACGCGCCCGUGCGCUCCUCUGCUGCGAUCGCGGCGGGAGAGCAGCAGCCAUGGGAUUGGCACUGGCGCAAUAUCAAGUGGUCCCUCGUCCUCCGCGCCCAGCACUGGGGCGUGAUCUUCCUCAUCGUCAUUGCCGCGGCCGUGUCGGGCGGCGCGCACUACACGCUGCAGCACAACCCCCGCAUCCGCCCGGCCCUGGCGUACGACGCGACCAUCUCAUACCCCACGGUGGAACAGGUGGCGGUGCCGGACUCCCAGGCCGCCCUGUGGCCGUGGCUCGCGUUCCUGGUGUCCCUGUUUGUCACAGAGGGCCUCCUGUUCCGCGGCCGCCACAGCGCCACCACGGCCAUGGCGGCCUUCCUGCAUUUCGGGGUGGCCUGCUUCGCCAACUUCCUCAUCAUCGUCGCGGUGUCCGAGGCAAGCGUGACUAAGCCGUGGGCGGGGCGGCUGCGCCCCGACUUCUUGGACCGCUGCCGGCCAGUGGACCUGGGGGGCUCGCAGCCGGGCGGGGGCGGGAACUUCACACGGUCAGUGGGGACCAUCAACCUCUUCCAGGUGUGGAAGUGA